AUGAUGAAGACCGUCUCAAAAGCUCGGAAAAGUAGAAUCCGAAGCACCCGCCGAUCAACUAGCAGUCGUUCGUCGUCUAAACGUGCCACUUCUCCAUCCGUCGGAGAGGCCGGUUCAAAGAAGAAUGUUGCCGGCCUUCGUAAAAUUGGUGCUGUAACUCGUUCGCAACAGAAGCUUCGGGUGGAAUUGGGAAUCUCAGAUGAACCGAAAAGAAGAUCCCUGACCAUGAAGAAGGCGAAGAAAAUAAAUAAAAAGGCUGCACCCAUAAGAGGAAGAGCCGUAACUCGUUCUCGUUCCCGUUCUGCCUCUCGUUCCGCCUCUCGUUCUCAAAGCCAGAGCGGUACCAACAAAAAAGAAACCAAACCGAAGAAGACUGUUAAGAAAUGA